AUGAUUCACUGGCCCCUUCCGGUCGACUCCUCUCCGUUGCCCUCCCCCGCGCCCUUUGCAUGCCUUCUCUGGCUUCCCGCGCCCGCUCUGCCCCCUUCGCCAGUGUUCCGCCCUCCGUUCUGCCCUCCUGGCGACUUCCUCUUGACUCGUACCGCCUCUCCCUCGAUCCUCCCCACCCUUCCGCCCGUCCCCACUGUGGCGUCGGCGGCCCACGCACCUCACGCUCAUCCCAUCUGCUCGUCUCGCGCUGCGGCCGCCCUUCUGGCGACGGCGACCAGGCGUCCUCCCUCCUUCUGCGCUGUUGGCGGCGCUCCGGUGAGGGCCUCCCCCCUCCGUGUUCUUCCUUCCGCGCGUGGCGCCAGUCGGGCGAGCGGGACCCGCUGUCGUCCCGCUUCUCCCUCCGCCUCUGCCGGCCCGGCGAGCGCAUUGCGCUGCUGCGCUCCCCCAACUGCUGGCCGCGCUGCUCCUGUGACCCACGCUCCGCCCUCCACUCUGGUCCUGCCGCCGGUCAUGCGGGCGGAACUCGCCCACGCGCCAUUCUCCAUGGCGCUGACCCCUUUCCUGCGUGCGCGACCGCUCCGCCCUUCCCUCACCGCGUGGUCUGGACGCAUCUGCAUAGCGAGCGCCCUCGUCCGGUGUCCCUUGGUCCUGCCGCCUGGAGCCCUCCGCGCGGUGUCCCUCCCCGCGGCUGCUGUCUUGACCGCGCGGUCCCUGUAG